CACUCCACCCUGCUGCCGGGGAUCUUGGAUUUCCCUGUGAAUCACAUUACUGCGGAGCACCUGACAGAUGGCAUCCCGGAGCGCAGGCACCCUCAUCACCCACAACAAUGCCACCUACAUCCCACCUGCUGUCAUGCCUGGGUAUCGUGGCCACGUCCCUACUGAAGCCUUCACUUAUGGUGACACCUACGGGAAUACCACAGCGCGCUGCUUUCAGGAUUUCCGCUUGGCGGCCCUCAGCUCCAGUCAGAGCCCCUACUGUAAGGGGGGACAGUUUCCUACAAGUGUCUCCAGUGACCCCGCUCUGGUCCUCGGUAACCGCUCUCGAGGUUGGGACCGAUUUCUUGACAGUCCCACCUGGUCUCGAUACAACGUGGAUUACAACCGCACACAAGAUCUGAACCAGUUCAUGAAGAGCGCACAGCAGCACCGGGAUCACUACCGGGACAAAACCGGCACCGUGCACCAGGUACCACACUUCAUCCUGCCCGUCAAGAAUGAGGAGACCUACCCCCUACCCCAGCAAGAGCUUUAACCAUCAUGGACGCCAAUAAAAUCUUUGACCCGAC